CGAGAUUUCAACAUCCAUGGAGAUUUAUAUACAAUAUGGCGGCGAACGACAUAAAAAUGGGAUAAUUCUUGCACGUCGUCGUCUGCCGCCAUGUAGAACCAUGUGGAGUCUCUGAGGGAAUUGUUAAUUUAUUUCUGCUGCAAUAAGAUAAAAACAAAAACCAAAAAAACAGAACAACAUGGAAUUAAUGAGAAUGUUGAGUGAUUCCUCCAAAAGGAGUAGCAAGAAAGGGUCCAUCUCUCUGGAUGAAGAUGAACCAAUGAGCAAACAAAUGAAGAUCCUUUUGGAUCGUAAGAAAGAAGAAGAGAAAAACAAAGCCUUGGCACAUUGGUCCAUUCUGAGGAACUCCAUCCGUAGGACAAUUGUAGCGGUCACUCAGGCUGACAAUAAAGAUCGGGUCAUUUCACAUGGGAUCCAUCAUAUGAGGAAAAUGAACCAUCCGGGAGUUAUCAAAUCUGUUCUUUACAUAGCUGAUACCAAGGAAUAUGUCACGACAGAUGGAAAAAACAUCCGAGUGUUCUUAGAAGAUGGUCGUAAAAAGGAAUCUUACAUCCCAGAAGAACCCAUUGAUAAUCUUGUUCAUUGUAAACACACAAAACAAUAUGUUGGAUGGAUCAGUGAACAAGAUGAACUUUUUCUGAUGAACUCUGAGUUUGAGAUUAUAUCCCAAGCAAGAGUACCGUGUAAAAUCAACCUGGCCACGUACAACCAGAGUACCCAAGAAUUUAUCACCAUAGGGCCCGGGUUUAUGGUGUGUUGGGCAUUCAGGUAUGGAGCAAGGCAUCUGAUUCCCCGCAAAAUGACGAAGAUCAGAUACAACGAUGACAAAACGUUUCGUCAUAUAGUCCUUGAAGAGACGGCCAGUCGAAUGCAGAAAUGUUAUCUCUCGAAAAACACAGGCAUAGUGUGCUACAAUGUGUUUGAGGGUAAAGAGCUCAUCCAUAAAAGAGACCUACACGAAAGACUCAUUACGGCAUUGACCUACUUCAACCCCCUCAAAUAUCUAAUAACAGGAGCCCUGGACGGAACGAUUAAAGUUUGGGACGGCGAGUGGUUUCUGAAGAUGGUUUUUGUUGGACAUACUCAGUGUGUGAACAUCCUCACCAUCUAUCCGGAGGGUCCGGCGGUGAUCUCAGCCAGCUACGACUGCACAAUCCGUGUGUGGAACCUCGACUCAUGUGAUGAGAUGGACAGAGCAACAUUGGAAACUGCUGUUGAUGGGUUAGUUGCAGAGCUGAACUACGAUGUGUUCUUUACCUAUGCCAAUAAACAAGUGGACUUGUGGAAGAUCCAGCAUCUCUACAACAUCUUUACAGCCAUUGGCCAAAGAGUAAAUAGCAUCAAGCAGACGACACAUCCAUUUUACCCGAUCCGUUCUCUUGUUGUGAGCCGAGACUGUAGUAUCAGGUUGAUAACGCCACCUAGUGGAGAUGUGAUGACGACACUCUUGUUGGAUCCAUCGGUUGGGAUUGUUGAUGCUGCCUAUGCCGUCGCUGAAGAGAAGUUAUUUACAGUUGUUGGGAAUGGGGACAUCUAUAAAUGUCGGACCGACGUCAAUCCCGCUCAGGUGGAGGCUGUAUGGAAAUGUUCAAACCCCAGAGAAGCAUGUAAUUACCUCCUGAUCUACGAGUACGUGCCUGACUUCAAGAGUGAUGCGUGGGCAGCAUUUCGUCGUGGCCUUGCCACGAAGAGCAUCAACCAAGCUACUGACUCAGAGGAGCCCGUCUCUAACAAUCGCACCAUCCUCCUCGGGGGUCGGAAGGACGGCUACAUCUGUGUCUUCAACUUUGAGACGGGUGAUGUGGAAUUCCAAAUUGAUGCCCACGGUGUGAAGGGUGUGCUGAGCAUGAUAGCCAACUCCAAGGAGGAUCAGCUUAUUUCUGCAGGGAAGGAUAACAUCAUAAAAGUUUGGCGCCUAUAUCCGUAUGCCCAGGAGGCACUAGCUCCGCUAUUACUGUUCUACUGUAAACACACGCCCGUCCACAUGACGAUGCUGAAGACAAAUCUAUGCGUAGCAUUUCAGGAUCACUCUACUGCCACGUACAGUAUCGUUAUAUACAAUCUCAAGGAUAGAAAUAACAGUUCGGAAUCGACCAAACUUAUUCACUCUAACCUGUUCGAACAUAAACCAGAUGAUGACCACAUCGAUACAAUAACAGGCUUGACCAGCUGUCAGAGAAUGAAGCUGUAUGCAUCGUCCAGUCUGGACGGGUCAAUCAGGAUCUGGGAUGAACAGAAUAACCUUAUAAGACAUCUGAAGCUGAAGACGAUGCCGUAUAGUGUUGGUUUCUGUAGUUCGCGGGGUGACCUCCUUGUUGGAAUCGGACCACAUCUCUAUAGAGUACCCUUUCAAGUUUAUUUGCCAAAAACCUACUUGUUCAAGAUGGUAUCCAUGAAGUUUGUGGACCCCAAACCUGAGCCAAUCGUUGAACUUGAUGAAAAGCGCGUCAAAAAAUUGUCAAAGAGAGAAUUUACUCGUCUCAAAAAAUCCCAUUCUGCAUUCAAGUAUGACCACUUUGAGGAUAUUCUGACCAAGGAAGAAGAGGAGGAAAUCACACGAGAGUUAAGAUCGAAGCAGGCUGCCUUCGCUGAAAUCGCUGCCAGGGACGCAGAACUGAUCAAGAUUAGAGAUGCACAGUUACCUGCUAAGAGGAAGCCCAGAAAAACUCCAGAAACGAAGGAAGAUGGAUUCAAGAACUACAUGAAGAUGUACUACGAUCGCCCAAGACUCGCAAUACCUGAGGAUGAGAUGUUCCCUGAAGACAAAAUCAAGGCUAUACUGAAAGGUCCCAUUGAGAAAGUGGAAGAACCCUAUAAACCAGAAAAAGAGCCCUCAGGAUUCUUCCCCCCUGCGUCCAGAUCAGUCAGUGCACGAAUGUCCAGAGAAGCAUCCAUGGUCAAAGCCAAGGCGGAGGUCAAACCAGUUCCAGCAGAGGAACAGCCACCUGUUGCUCCGGCAGAGUUACCUCCCCCUAUUUUACAGAAAAAGCCAGAAACACCCGAAACAAAGGCCGCAACUCCAGAAGUUCAAGCAGAAUCACCGCCACCGAAGAAGGAAAAAGUGGUACACUUCUCACGGGAACCGUCCAAAGUGUCCAGUGUGCACUCUGCCUCCUUACCUCCUAUCUCUAGAGAGCCCACAUCUACCCCUCUCCAGCCUGCCUACCCUAUUGUCAGCGCUACUGGCUUUGUGCCGAAUUCUGUCAUGGUCAAAAUUCUGUGGCCACCACCACCUCCACCACCACCGAAAAAAGAGGAGCGGUGGCAGCCUCCCGCUCUCACCGCGCGGCAACUGGCCGAGAUUAGCGGCACUCAUUAUGAAUCGCCUCCCCCAGAGGAAGUUGAGGAGGAAAGAGAAGUCACGCCAGAGCCUAUGUACUUCGACUACGGCUCCAAGGAAGAUGAAGAAUCGAUACGGGAGAGUCCCAUCAUUUCCGAACCUCCAACUCCAUCACCUCCCCCAAUACGGCCAAAAGAUGCCAAGGAGGUGACCUUCAGCCGGAAGGACACUGUCCAUGUGAUAGAUAAGGAUGCCACCCCACCAAUAACAUCUAGAGAGCCUACCUCUCUUCUGUCAAAACUUCAAGGUGCCAUGGCUAAACCACCCGCGGAUGAUGACGAUUCAACCAUUACCACGACUCCAAGGUCUCCGAGAGAAUUCGACUUUGACAAACCAAUGCCAUCUCCUGCUGAAGUCAAAAGACCUACGGCGCCUCUACCCAAGCGUGAAUUCAAACCGCUACCUCCACCUGUUGUGAAAAAGCCCCUCCCUCCCUCUCCAGUGAAGGAUCCAACUCCCCCUCCACAGGUAGUAGAAAAGACCCCACCGUCAACUCCAAUGAAGAGGGCGAGAGCAGCCCCGCCCCCUAAGGCAAGGACCCCGACCCCUCCUCGAGCAGAUACACCUGUGCCAGACUUCAUUACACAGUUCAAUGGCACACCUUGGUUCGAGAAAUUCUUUCCCAGUAUGGAGAGUAUACCAAAACCUUGGACUCCAGAAAACUUUGCCACAAUGCUGAGCCGUGUGCUUCGUCUUGCCGAGUACCCAAUGAAGACGACUAUCACCGAUGCACUCACUAUGCUGUUUACUCAGGAGGAUAUGUCAGAAUCCACAGUGGCGGCCAUCGACAAGACCCUGGUGGCAAUCCUCAACCACAGCAAGGAGCCACCUACAUGCAUGGUGUCAUCACAGAAGAGCUUCAUUCUGUCCUCACUAAAAGCGAUGACCAAGUUUGGUCUGUAUGAUAAAGAAUACAUCACAGAAUUGAUGGUACAGUUUCUGGACGGCGAUAAGGAAGUGAGACUGACCAUUGUGGAGAGUCUGGCAGCAAGCGGUCUCCAGGAUCCUCACAAACAUAUCCAGAAAGAGCUGGACUCCUGGGACAUCUGGAAUGUGGAGGAAGAUGACCGCAAGGCUGACCUCAGGAAAAUGGCACAGCAGUGGCUGGACAGGUGGAUGACGUCGUACAAACUCCACCUGACAGACACGAUAGAGAGGAUGAAGAAAGGACAGAAUAUUCACGGCAAGCUUUCUCGUUCUGAGGGAAAGAAACGUGGUGCAGGAAACAAAAGCAUCCUUAGAAAGUCUGUGGGAGGUGGAGAGGGUAUUUCAGAAGAUCAGGAGACCGUAACUACACUACCGGAGGGGACCGAGUUUAUACCCCGUGUCCCCGGAGAGGAUCGUCGCCGAAGUAUCACAGUGACGUUCGACAAACCGCCCGAUUUAGCGGUAGUAGAGACGGCGACUUACAUGGAUGCUUUGAACUAUUUCUGUGACAUGAUGAUGGAGAAGGCAGUGGAUGGAGUUAGAAAGGGAGGCAAGCGUGGUGCUGGGUUGCAGGACAAUGUCGUACAGGCCAAGAACACUGUUCUUGUCCUACCCAAAAUCCCUCAUAAACCUGCUUUGGUACGUCUUGGUGAAACCCACACCAGUAAAUGUCGUCCUCACCGUGAAACCAACCUUCAUAUUGAUUACCGUCAACUAGCCACGACGAAUCGCGGAAACCAGCCUCCUCCUGGUCAACUGACGGGCUUCAGUCCUAGUAUUAACCUGCCAAUGAAAACACUGUACAUCAAUCCGUUCCCAAGCUAUAUUGACGAGUUUGAUUCUCGUUUCCAAGAACCUGUCUUAAUUACUCUCAAGUCAUCUCAGAAAUAUUUCAUUCCCUCACAGUCGAUGGUGCCGACGCUGGAGGAACCAUUAUUAGCACCUGCUCACUGAAGGUAAAAAUUCCUGUUCGACUGACUGGCAAACUGAUACAAUACUUAUUUCUGGAAGACAUGUUUCGUUUUCUAGAAAAUGUCACCAAAAUACAGAGAUGGUUCUUAUUCAAAAGAUAUGAGUUCUCCCUACUUGAUCGACUGCGCACCUAAUUUACCAAACCGUGCCUACAGGUUCAUACUAAGGUUCAGAAGAGGAAGCGCAUUGCCAUGUCUAAAAAGGCCACGCCUACUUUACCAAGACUGCAUCCUUUAUGGGCCAUGCCCACUUUUUCAAAAUUUGGAUCAGAAAAUGCCAUCAAAUAUCUAUAAAGACUGAAUUCGAUGAAGAAGUUUUGUCAGUUUGGAAUCGUACCCACUUUUUUUAAUGUCCAGAAAUUACUACUUACUGGGAAGAGGCUGUUAGCAUGUAGGUCAUUUUUCAAAAGGUCCACCAAAAUUUGAGGUGCGGACAUAUGUUUCAUGAUUUUGUUGAAAUGCAAGAUGUAAAUCUUCAGAUAAAAAAGAAGAUGGCAUGUAUACUAUGCUGCCUGAAUCAAGGUACAGUGACUGUACUAGGUAAAGCUGCAUUUAUCUUGCUAUUAACCGAGGGGCCAAUACAUACACUUUGCCUUUAAGUUAGUAGGGUUGGGGGAU